AUAUAUUUGCCAUAUCAGCUUUAACUUAUUUUUUUAAUGUAUGACGAUGUAAAAUUGUUUAUAAUAUCUUUAAUUGUCCUUACGUUUUUUAUUAGUUAGAUUAUGUUAGUUAACAGUGUGCUCGAGAACUGUUUUACCCUAUUUCAGAUUUGGUUGUGCCCCCGUGUGUCAGCGUUGACUGUCUGUCCUGGUUUAAAGAUCCUCUUUGUUGUAUCCCAACCCUGGAAUCGGAGGAUCGUUUAUUUGUUUGGUUUUUUAUUGCAAGCAAUGCUCAGUUUUAAAUAAUAAAACUGUUUUCAGAAGGCGUUUGUGAUAGUAAAUCCACACUAACGAUGGAAGAAAAGCAGUACACAUCUUUGACGGUCCCCACGGAUUACCUUCAGCAUUGGUUUCAGUCAACUCGGCAGUUCCAAGCCCUCCAAGCUACACAAUAUCACCAGAUGUCAACAGUUUCUCCAUACAUGGACGGGUCAAGAGAAGGCACAGAGAUGACAGAGCUUUCUGUCCAUCAGGAACCUGCACCUGUUCCAGAACCAGCUCCUACAAAGGGAAAGCGAGGCAGACCUCCUGCAAAAGAGCCAAAGAAACCUGGUCCCAAAAAAGCAAAGGCAGCAGAUGGAGCUGCCGGAGGGAAGCAGGAGAAGAUUUCGGAUGCCUUCAAGAAAGUGAAGAGGAAAAUGAAUCGCUUCAACGGUGUCUCUGAGGCUGAACUCAUGACGAAAACUCUGCCUGAUAUCCUCACCUUCAAUCUGGAUAUUGUGAUUAUUGGUAUUAAUCCAGGACUGAUGGCAGCUCACAAAGGACAUCAUUAUCCUGGGCCAGGGAACCACUUCUGGAAGUGCCUCUUUUUGUCCGGCCUGAGCGAUACUCAGUUAAAUCAUAUGGAUGACCAGCUAUUGCCAGAAAAGUGUGGUAUUGGGUUUACAAACAUGGUGGAGAGGACAACUCCAGGAAGCAAAGACCUUUCCAGCAAAGAGUUUCGAGAAGGAGGCAGAAUUCUAGUAGAGAAGCUUAAGAAGUAUAAACCAGUUGUAGCUGCUUUUAAUGGAAAAUGUAUUUAUGAAAUUUUUAGCAAAGAAAUCUUCGGAGUCAAGAUUAAGAAAUUUGAAUUUGGUUUGCAGCCUCACAGGAUUCCUGAAACAGAAACGGCAUGCUAUGUGAUGCCCUCAUCAAGUGCACGCUGUGCCCAGUUUCCCCGAGCCCAAGAUAAAGUCCACUACUACAUCAAGCUGAAAGAACUGCGUGACCAACUGAAGGGUCAACCAUCAGUCAGCAAGGACGUGCAAGAGCUGGAAUACAGUUUCGAUCUGAAGUUGGCAAAGGAGGAUGCAAAGAGGAUGGCUAUUAAGGAGGAGAAGUAUGAUCCAGGUUAUGAAGCUGCUUUCGGUGGUGCUUACAGUGAGUCUGGACCAGAGGGCAAUGGACCCUGUAAUUUCUCUGCCACUGAGCCAGAAGCUGGCAGUAAGGAGGUGAGUACACCACCUGCUUUUGGACAGGUUCCAGGUGGACAGGUUCCAGAAGGACAGUGGAUGAUGCAGUCGUUUGCAGAUCAGAUUCCAGACAUUGGUAGCUGUAGCACACAACCACGAGAGGUUACAGGAACUGAUUAAACAGCUAAAACCCAGGAACUGCAUGAUCGCUGCAGUUUUAGUGCAGUCACCAAGACACCAAACCUCAGUUCCUAAACUGAAGUCUUUUAAUUCCUUUUUUUUUUUUGAAUGGUAUCAGGUAUUUUAUAAACCGGAGAAUUGCAUUAAGUAGAUUCGUUUAUCAUAUGAAAGCUAUUUAAAGAUGAUGAAUCUUUCUGAAGUAUUUAAUGUAAUUCAUACAUUGUGUUCUGGGGAUUUUUUAUGCACAUUUUAGAGAUGGGAACAUUUUACAAAGUGCUAUUUUGGUAUGUGGUCUGGAAAUGCAAUAGUACUCCCAUUUUUAUUUAUAAUGGAUUUUUCUUAACUACAACACAUUUGGAUGUUGCUCUAAUAUGAUCAUGUUGUGUUUUAAAAAGAAGAUGCUUCAAUAAUGUCUAGUGAAUUAUUUUAGGCUAAUUGUUUUACUUGAGUCUAGUAUCUAGGUCCUAUUACAAUUGAAUCCAAUGAGUAACUACAUACUGCUGUUCAAGAAACUAUCCUACCUGAGCUGCCCAAUUUGGUGAUUUAAUACCUGGUUUUACAUCUUGGAUGGGAUAAAAUCCAGGAGUGCCUCUUGACUUUAACCAUUUUACCAUACUGAACUGUAUCGAAUGAUAUUGUUGCUUUUAACCAUAUGUUGAGAUUAAGCAAAACAGAUAAAGGGGUCCACGUAGUAGCUAUUAAAGCAGGUUGGUAAUCCUAGUUCAGAAUGCUAGUUGGUACUACUGAUCUAACCUACUCUAGCAUUUUAAGUGACUGUUGCAAAACCAGCUAGUGACUUUCACCAAGUUGCUGUUACAUAUGUAUCUUUUAUUUUAAGUACAUACUUCAGAACCUUCAGUUUUUCCUCAGGGGAGGGAAUAGUGUGAAGCUGCCUCAUUUUUAUUGCCUGCCAGACUGACUCCCAUCAAGAGCGGAUGCGGUCAAGUUUGGGCAUAUAUAACUUGUUGGAUAUACUGUGCCUUUUUAAAAGGACCAGGGAUUAAUUGGCCCUUUCCCAUUGUAACUGCUGGAACAAUUGUGGCUAAUAUCAAAAGACCUGUUAUGUGUGGGAGCUACUUGGUGGAUUAUGGAUUGUUAUAAAUUGCUGGCAGGGGUUGGAGGAGGGAUUAAAUUUGUACAAUAUUAUAAGUUUAUAUCUUCACUUCAUGUCUCCAGGUACUGUAAAGUUAUUUCUGCUGUAAAUCUAAAUUGAAUUUGUAAAAUUAAGUGUGUUAGAUUUUGUAUAAAAAGAAAAAAAAGUUUUUGUUUUUCAUUCUAGAACAGCCCUGCCUAUUCUUUAAGGGAAGAUUUUGAUAUGUUCUUGUGACUCGAGGCACCAAGGUUCUAGGAAGCUUGGUACAGUAAUUGAUGGCAGGCUAUACACACCUUUUGUCUAGAUCCUUUUUAACAAUGGUUGGUUAAACAAAAAGAAACGCACAUACCUUGUCAAGGGCUUUGCUGAAGUUCUGUGACUGAGUGGGACUGAAAAUACUAGCUUGACCAUGAUGGACUCACUUAUUUGAUUGCAUCUCACAUAAAUAAGGCUUGUGUACCACUUUUAGCAAGAUUUUGAAUCUACACUUUUGGGACUAUUUGAAACAUAUAUAUAUAUAUAUAUAUAUAUAUAUAUAUCACUAUAAUGACGCACUCCUAACUUGUUUAUUCUCUUCAGUGCUGUAAAGUGUUUUUUUUUGUUUUGUUUUGUUUUUAAAUUGGUCCUCUGUGACAUGCAGGAUGUUCUGAAUUGUCUCUCUAUGCUGAAAAUUAGGAAUUGUGUUACAGCUUUUUACUCUAGGGUCAUAAGUCAAUUUCUUUACUUUUGAGAAUGCAAUCAACUUGUAGAUCUAUGUGCUGCAGACUUGAAGAAGAUGAGGGUGAUCUUCCUUCAUUUUUAGUUCUUAUCCUGAUCGAUACCAGUAAUUCUUUGACUGUUUUAGCCAGGCCUGUGUGAAGAAGGAGGUUAAGUGCAAAAUAGUACUUAUUUCUCUGACUGGUAUCUUCAUGUUUCUAACCAAUGAAUUAAGAGGCCAAGCACAAAUGAUGUAGGUGCUCUUAAUACAAUGGCAGCUAUUUGAAAUGCCUUGAACUGUAGUGUGUUUGUGUGUAUUAUACAAAAAUGAGUGUAUUAUCAUUUGUUUGCUGAUUUUUAUUGCAGAGGAAAGAGGGAGGUGUAUUUUAAGUAUGACCAACCUGACCUUGCACAAUAAAGAUUUUGCAACCUCUU